AAAUUUAAGACGUAAACAAACGAUUUCAACACAAUUCAUGUGCAUUUUCUCGUUGUUCCGGGUUUUUCUUAAAUUUCCAUAGCAAAACUAAUUGAAUUGAAGCCAAAAGUAGUGGAAUCCAUCGCUAGCAUGUUAGGCAUUCAAGCGUACGCCAGUGGAAGUGGAAGCAGCAGCAGUAGUAGCAGUGAUGACGAUUCAGAAUCCGAACAGCAACAAACUGCGACAUCCAGUGCCAAGAAAGCGCCGACAGAGGAUGAACUAGCCCAUCUAAAACCCAUCAAGGAUCAAUCCAUAUCGGUGGCGAAAUCUCUGCAAGUUUGCGCCGCUCCAAUUGUGGUCCCAACGGAACAAUCGGAUGUGUCCAGAAUGCUUGCCCCGACUGUCAGCGAACUCCACUACAACCCUCGGUUCGAGGAGCUCUUUGCUCCGGUGGCAGGACCAGUCAACCCGUUCCUAACCGAACAAAUGAAAGCUCCGAAAAACACGAUAACCGGAUUUGUCGAAAAGGCGCACAUCAGCGAUUUCCAGUUCGACAAUCAGCGGAAAACGUUCCACAGUUUCGGAUACGCUUUGGAUCCGUCGGUAGAUACGGCCAACGGUUCCGAAGCAGGUCCAAGUUACGUUGGACAUUUGCAAGCAGCUUACGACACGGACGGCAAAACGGUCUUCGAAUCAAGCAAACCGAACCGAACGGGAGAUAGGCGGAAACGGGUCAAGAACACCAAUCCGGAAGACGUUGAGGGUUUCCUGGGUCCUUGGGGAAAAUUUGAAGACGAGGAAACGGUUUCCCGCCCUAGUGAACAGGAACGGGCUGAGAUCGAGGAGAUGAUGGCCAAGAAGCAACGGAGGAAUCGCGUCACUGAAGAUAAGCCCAUUGAGGAGAAAUCGGUUCUGCACAUUAAGGACUCGGUUGAUUACCAGGGCAGGUCAUUCCUGCAUCCUCCCCACGAUUCGGGUGUCAAUCUACGCAAGAGCAGCGCCCCAGAUCGGUGUUUCCUGCCGAAGGCCCACAUCCAUACCUGGACCGGACACACAAAGGGCAUUUCGGCCAUCCGGUGGUUCCCCGUAUCGGCUCAUUUGCUACUCUCCUGCAGUAUGGAUGCCCGUAUCAAGAUCUGGGAAGUGUACAACGAGCGACGAUGUGUCCGAACCUACUCUGGCCAUAGACAAGCCGUGCGGGAUGUUAGUUUCAACAAUCGGGGCGAUCGGUUCGUAUCGGCCGGGUACGAUCGCUACCUGAAGCUGUGGGACACGGAAACCGGGGAUGUGGUAUCCCGGUUUAGCUCCCGGAAGAUCCCGUUCUGCGUCAAGUUCCAUCCGGACUUCAAUAAGCAACAUUUGUUCGUGGCCGGCACGUCUGAUAAGAAGAUCAUUUGCUGGGACACUCGAAGCGGUGAGAUCGUCCAGGAGUACGACCGUCAUCUGGGCGCGGUAAACACCAUUACCUUCGUCGAUGAAAAUCGUCGUUUCGUCACCACUUCGGACGACAAGAGUUUACGCGUCUGGGAGUGGGACAUACCGGUGGAUAUGAAGUACAUCGCAGAUCCUACUAUGCACUCGAUGCCUGCGGUAACCCUCUCGCCGAAUGGAAAGUGGCUCGCCUGUCAGAGUUUGGACAACAAAAUUGUCAUCUUUUCGGCAAUCAAUCGCUUCAAGAUGAACCGCAAGAAGACCUUCACCGGACACAUGGUCUCUGGGUACGCCUGUAAUUUGGACUUCUCUCCAGACAUGAGUUAUCUGGUAUCUGGGGACGGCGAUGGCAAAUGCUACAUUUGGGAUUGGAAGACGACCAAGCUGUAUAAAAAGUGGCAAGCCCAUGAUAAUGUGUGUAUUGCCGCGCUGUGGCAUCCACACGAAGCCAGUAAGCUGGUGACGGCAGGUUGGGAUGGAGUCAUCAAGUAUUGGGAUUAGGAGCCUAAGCGUGUAUGGUGAGUAUGUGGGGUUUUGAUUGAUAUAUGCAUAAAUGAGAGCAUUGAGAAUUUAACUUGA